CAACUUUUUUUGUGAUUUUGAAUCACAGAAACCAUUCUGAAGUUUCAAAUUUGCACCACGUUUAAUUUUUGGCAUCCGCCUAAUGUAUACCACUUACCUUUUAUUGAUUCUUUCAUAAGUUUCGUCAUGAACACAGUUUAACCAGAAGUAUCUCUGUUGCCACUCGAUUUAAAAAAAAAGUCCCUUUUCUAAUCACCCGGAUGUGCGGUUUACUUGGACUCGUCCAAAACGAGGGGUGUCAAACACAAGAUAGUAGAGAUGCAGACAUGUCGCCACUCUCAGAGAAUCUAUUCCAUAAUUUAGGACUGGACAAGAUGAAACUAAAUAUUCUAAAUAGAUGACACCCCUUUCGAAAUAAGAUGAACUGAACCUAUCACGUCACAGAUUUUUUAGAAGAAAUUACGUCAGAAAAACAAAAGCUCCGAAGAGAAUUUUCGCUUGAAAUGUUGAAAAGCAAGCCCAGUUUUCUCUGGGAAUAUACGGUAAUUAAUAGCAUGGGCUUUCAACUCUUAUUGAAAGGCCAUGUUAAUAGUUACGUGUACAAUAUUACCAAGUUUGAUGGUGCAUAAGUAAGGCGGUGGAUCAUUUUAUAAAAAUCUGGAUUGGAUGAAGGUUUUGUGUAUCAUGACUAACUGAAACAACACAACUUUGUGAAGUAUACAUCUAGCAUAUACAGUACUAUGGUUCGUUCAAAGAAAGCUUUUCUUCCCACAAAAGCUAUUCCAAGUGAUGAGGGCCUAGAUAGUCAUGGAGACCCGACAGCAACGGUGCAAUGUGGUGAAGUGGAGGGCUAUCUCCAUAGAGACCAGUUCUACUGUCCAGGUAUACACCAAGCAUGUAUCCAGUUAAAGGAUGGCUCAUUUGUGACUCCUAAAACCUUCACUGUCCUCGGAGACAAGCAGAAACUGAAAGAUUGGAAAAAUGCAAUAAGAAUAGAGAAUGUUUCAAUACGCAAAGCUAUGGAUAGAGGCACAUUGGACUUUUAUGAUCAUUCGACACAUUGCACUGGGCGCUGUGUAGGACGUGCCAUUAAAGAGGAAUUGGAAAAUUCCUCAUUCGACAAUGACUCGAGUCUCCCUACCAUGGUGCCUAUUAAACCACAUGGACUUGUUCACUCAUCUAUGAAGGAUAAUGUUUCCCCGGUGACUCCUUUAAAAACUGUGACUACGCCUCCGUCAAUACUGAUUCAACACAGGAAUUUUACAUCCACCCCAGUGUUCCCUAACCCUGUGUCAUCCACAUCAAAGCUUCAAAUGAUAGUGUCAUCCCCCGCAAAAAUGUACAGCAAGUUCCCUCCUAAAGUGUCCGUGGUUCAAAGUGUUCAGAGAACUGAAGCUAGCGGAAUAGAAUUCAGCAAAGCUAAUAAAGUUAUUAGGAUUAAUGACUCAAAUGCCCAAGAUGGAACUCCUAUAAACAAUGCCAGUCUUGUAACCUUUGAGAAAUCUGAUUCAGAAAGCAUAGGGGCUGGAAUGAGAUUGAGUGUAAGGAAUACUCCGAUUAAGCAGGAACCAAUAGAUGGUGCUGCUCCCACCGAAGACCACUCUGAUAGCGAGAAUGGCUUGGAUGACAAACAGGACAUUUUGAAAGAAAAUCAAAAAUUUUGGCGAGGCAUUCGUGACGUGGGACAGCUAAAUGAGACGUUCAACGAAAUUCACACAGCAAUAGAAACUUUCAAGAUACAACUCCUCCAAGGCAAUAUAGCUCAAAAUGAAGCUAUGCGAUUAACACGGGUAAUUACAGAACUUGGUCUGAUGGAUAGAAUUACUGCAAGUCUGAAUUAUUCACGAGCCCUCACUGAUCAAGAAGAAAUUGAAAUAGAUGAAGAAAUGGAAACACUUCAACGGAAGAUGGAGGAAGCUCAGAAAAAGAAGCAGCAAUUGAAGCGCAAAGCAGAAUAUUAUGACACUCUCCUAGGACUGAAUAAUGUUAAGAGGUCACCAGCCUCAUCUCCGUCAUCUUCAUCUAUGAUGGAAUCAUCUUUAGGAACUGAUGAGGACAUGCAUGUGAAAGACGCAUCUGAAGAUGUCCAGUGAAGUUUACUGUACAUUUAUCUGACUGUUGCAUCACAUAAAGCAAAAUAACAUGACAUAUGGUCCACAACUGAGUCAAUGUCCAGUAAAUUUACUAUUAGGACAGCCUGAUUAUAUCAGUAUGUAAAGUAAAUUACCUUGACAACUGAUUAAUAAUUUAAAGAUGAGUUACCCCAAUGUCUGUUCGACACCUUUGGGGUUCAGUGAUGUUUACACCAAGCCAGUUGAUAUUUUCAUCAUGUAUAUAAUGAUGAUAGCAUGACAGCUGGUCUGUUAUUCAGUUUUGAUCAGUUGAUCUGAAAUUUAUAAAAAAAAACCUCACCACUCUUUGGUUGUCAUAGUAUUGAAUGAAACAUUAAGGUGGGUCAGUCUGGGACUAUUUUGGACCACAGUACAUUUAACCUCUGGACAUUCUCAUCAAGUUAAAAAUUGAAUAACUUUGGGUGCAAUUCCCUUCCCUAAGCAUGGUGCCAUGGUAUCCAUGGUUACAAGGAGGGAAUUAUGAUAUGAAGGUUUAGAGGUUAGAAUGCAAAAUGGGAAUGCACUUCAAGUUACUUAUAAUACUUGACAUACCUUAAAAAUUAAUUGUGAAAAAAUGUAUAUAAGUACAUAAUAAUGGUGAUUAGAUAUUCCAUGUAAGCCUACUUAGAGAUGGAUUAAGUGGAAUAUGGUUGGACAUUGGGGUUUAAACACAAGCAUUCCAGAGUCAGUAUAACCAUUAACCAAAGUUUGAACAUUCUACUGUACAGUCAAACUUACCUGUUGUUGUUUUUUUUAUCCUAAUCCCUAUAAUUAUGGCUUAGUUAUGAUACAAAUGACCUUUUAAAUAUUAUUUUGAAUUUUUAUCUCAUAACAUGUGUCAGUCUUGACAAAUCAAUAACGAGUCAGAUAUUGUCUAUCCUAAUCCUAAUAGCAAACCUGCCCUCUCUUAUCACAAUCUCCUGUUGAUUUGAUCCUUUCCAAUUUUCCAUUUUGUUGUUGUUUAUUAUUGCUUAACAUUAAAAACGCUCCUGUUUCUCAUACUAAAUGUAAACUUCUAACUUCUCAUGAUUUUUAAUCAACUGUCUUCUAGGCCUAAGUUUUAAAAAUCUGGUUUUGCCCUGGGUUACUAAAAUUAUAAACCUCUUUAUACUGAGUUUUACUUUUUCUUGUUCUUAGAUGUCAUGGUUUUUGUUCUUUCUCUAAUACUCAGACCCUGUGUAUUUUGUAUAAAAAUUAUUUUUGUGAUAGGUUGGCAGGUAUGGACCAUUGUGUUGAACAAUAGUUUUUUAAUAUUAUGAUAUUAGUUUUUUGUAUAUAAACUGGUAAAUUAUAAAGAAAUAGAAAGGAUAGAGAGUGUAAAAUGUUGAAAUAAACUGAGCCUAAACUAGUCUCCACUCAUCUUUCCUUUAAAUAAUAAAAAUACCAAUUACCAUACAUUUUUAGUUGAAAAGUGAAAACCUUCUAAGUAUGAAUACUGUUGAUAAACUAUGUAAACAUUAUUUAAUUUUUAUUAUGUUGCUACCCGAAUGAUCUCUUAAAACAGUAACUUUAAUGGUCAAUAUACCAGAGCAUAUUACAUAUCCAUGUACAUAUUGUAGAAAAUUGUUUGCAUUAUGAAUUACAUGAAAGAAUAUAUGUAGGGCCUGGUGACUGUGUGUUCAUGCAAUAUUUUUCUCUAUCUGUAUAUAAUGUAUCAAAG